AUGAGCAUAAACAUUUACUUAUAUGCAAAUUUAUUUUCCACAUGUGAUGAAAAUAUAAGAAAAGCUGAAGAAAGUAAAAGUUCUUAUACUACAUCUUGUAAUAAAUACGAAAAUGGAAUUCAAGGAGAUAUUAAAGGACAAUUCAAAGAGAUAUGUGCUCAAACAUUUUCUUAUCUUAAUGACAUUGAACUAUAUAAUCAUGGUAAAAACAAACUAAAGGAAGCCCAUUGCGUAUACUUGUAUUAUUGGCUAUAUGAUAAAUACAAAGGGAAAAAGGAUAGUAACGAAAUUAAAAAUCUUUAUAAUAAGUUGAUAAAUGUAAAUAAUACUGAACAGGACCGUCGAUGCGAGAAUCACAAUAAUAUUUCAAUUAGUGAUGAUGAAAUAUCAAAGCUCAAAGAUAUAUAUAAGAUUUACAAAAACAUUGAUAAAUUGAAUGGUCAAGAUACAUGUUCUCAAGAAAAUUCUAAAUAUGCGCAGGAAUGUGCAAAUAUAUAUAAACAGAACGUCGAAUCAUGUAGACAACAUAAUAAAACAUAUUUUUGUAAAGAAUUAAUAAAGAUCAAAGAACAAUAUGAAAAAGUGAUAUUAAAUCUCAACUGUAAUAAUGACACACCUAAAACGCUACCGUCCUUUCAACGCAAUAAUACAACAGUUCUUACAUUAGUUCCAGUUGCCUUAACCAUAUUAAUAUCCUUUUUCUUAUAUGUUUUAUAUAAGUUCACGCCAUAUGGUUCAUGCUUUCGAUGCUCAAGAAUAAGAAAAAAAAAUAAGUGCAAUAAUAUAGAUCAUUAUAUAAAUACACUACAAUUAUAUGAAAUAUCCAAUGAUAAUUUUCAUAACAAGGAAUGUAAUAUAUUAUACAGUUCUUCAUAA